AUGGCAGGAGCCCAAGUCAGCUCAUAUUUUAUCAAUACAAGACUUGAAGAAUGCAAUUUUCCGAGUUUUACGACUCACCAAAAAAAAGCAAAGAAUCAUGCUACUCUUUUGGAUAAAAAUUUCAAGACUAAUAAUCUUCUAUUAUAUAUUGAAAAGGGUUAUCGUACAAAUGAUUUAUAUUCAAAGCUAUUCUGGGAUAGAAUCGAGUCACAAUUAACCUUCGAUGCUGAAAUUGAAACGAAGAGGAAGGAGAUGCUAUUGGCAAAGUACCCUAUUUCUCUUACAGGCUGGAACAGCGACUGGCAUCAUGAAGAGAAUCGACGGGCUCUGAAUGACAUUCUGACUGAUAGAUGUGUCGUCCCUACCAAAAGGAAAACAAUGGAAUACUAUUUUCCAGUUAUUCUUCCUCCUACUUACGCACAAGAUCGACUACCACAUACUCCUCCGCACCAAAUUUUUUCGUCAGGUGCUUCCGUCCCCUCUUGGAUCAAAUUUCCCUGGAUACAUUAUAAUCUCUUAUGGGUACAAGAUAUUUAUAAACGGUUAUGA